AUGAUCUCCGGUCUGCUCUCGCGAUCGUCGGUCGCCGCCCCCGCGCGCGCCUUCCAGUCCUCGACGCUUCCGCGUGUCGUCUCGGCGCUGCCCCGCGUCCAGAGCCGCGGCCUCGCCACCGGCGCUGAGCCCUACGAUCUCGUCGUCAUCGGCGGUGGCCCCGGUGGCUACGUCGCCGCCAUCAAGGCUGCGCAGCUCGGCCUGAAGACGGCGUGCGUCGAGAAGCGCGGCUCGCUCGGAGGCACGUGCCUCAACGUCGGAUGCAUCCCCUCCAAGGCGAUGCUCAACAACUCGCACCUCUACCACCAGGCUCAGCACGACUUCAAGAGCCGCGGCAUCGACGUCGGCUCCAUCUCGCUCAACCUCGACACCAUGCUCAAGGCCAAGUCGAGCGCCGUCACCGGCCUCACCAAGGGUAUCGAGGGUCUCUUCAAGAAGAACAAGGUCGACUACCUCAAGGGUGCCGGUAGCUUCAGCAGCCCCACCACCGUCAAGGUCGCGCUCAACGACGGCGGCGAGACCGAGGUGGAGGCCAAGAACAUCCUCAUCGCCACCGGCUCCGAGGUGACGCCCUUCCCCGGCAUCGAGAUCGACGAGAAGCAGAUCGUGAGCUCCACCGGCGCGCUCGAGCUCCAGAAGGUGCCCGAGAAGAUGAUCGUCAUCGGCGCCGGCGUCAUCGGACUCGAGAUGGGCAGUGUGUGGAGCCGCCUCGGUGCCAAGGUCGAGGUGGUCGAGUUCCUCACCUCGGUCGGCGGUGCGGGCAUCGACGGUGAGAUCGCAAAGAGCUUCAAGAAGACGCUCGAGAAGCAGGGUCUCAAGUUCCGCAUGGGCACCAAGGUGGUGGAUGCCGAGAAGAAGGACGGCAAGGUGCUCCUCAACGUCGAGGACGCCAAGAGCGGCGAAAAGUCGCAGCUCGACGCCGACGUUGUGCUCGUCGCCAUCGGCCGCCGCCCCGUGACCAACGGCCUCAACCUCGAGGCGAUCGGAGUGGAGAAGGACGAGCGCGGACGCAUCAUCGUCGACGACCAGUACAACACCACCUGCAAGGGCGUCAAGUGCAUCGGUGACGCCACCUUCGGUCCCAUGCUUGCGCACAAGGCCGAGGAGGAGGGCAUCGCUGCCGUCGAGAUCAUCAAGACGGGCCACGGCCACGUCAACUACGCUGCGAUCCCCUCGGUAGUGUACACGCACCCCGAGGUGGCGUGGGUGGGCAAGACCGAGGAGGACCUCAAGAAGGAGGGCGUCGAGUACAAGACGGGCAAGUUCCCCUUCCUGGCCAACUCGCGUGCCAAGACCAACGCCGACGCCGAGGGCACCGUCAAGUUCCUGGUGGAGAAGGAGACGGACAAGGUGCUGGGCGUGCACAUCAUCGGCCCCAACGCGGGCGAGAUGAUCGCGUCGGCCGUGCUGGCCAUCGAGUACCAGGCGUCGGCAGAGGACAUUGCACGAACCUGCCACGCGCACCCCACGCUCUCCGAGGCGUUCAAGGAGGCCGCCAUGGCGUCGUACUCCAAGGCCAUCCACUUCUGA